AUGGCAACGCGAUGGGGACUGUGCGGCGCCGGAAAGAUCAGCCAUGACUUUAGCGUGGCCAUGAAGACCCUUCCCCCGGGGGACCACCAGAUCACAGCGAUCGCUUCAAGGAGCAAAGAUCAAGCUCAGGAGUUUGCCAAGAGGCAUGGGAUUCCCAAGGUGCACGGCAGCUAUGAGGACCUGGCCAAAGACCCAGACGUCGACAUUGUUUACCUCGGAGUGCUGCACACUGAGCACUGGAAGGUCGGUUUGCUCUUCCUGAAGGCUGGUAAGAACGUGCUGUGUGAGAAACCCUUCGCCAUGAACUGCAGACAGGUGAAGGACCUGGUUGCCACCGCCAAGAAAAGCGACGUCUUCCUCAUGGAGGCCAUAUGGUCCCGCUGCUUCCCCGUCUACGCGGAGGUCCGCCGGCUGCUGGCGGAGCAGGCUGUCGGGGAGGUGAAGCUGGUGAAGGCCUACUUUGGUUCCCCACAGCUGACCAUCCCUCGCUCUGUGGAGAAGGAGCUGGGAGGAGGCGCCCUGCUGGACAUCGGAGUAUACUGCCUGCAGUUUGUGCUGAUGGUGUUCAACGGCGAGAGGCCACAGUCCAUCCACGCCUCUGGAGUACUGCUGGACUCAGGAGUGGACGAGUCGGUAGUCGUGGUGAUGAAGUUCUCUGGGAACAGAAUGGCGUGUUGCACUUUUUCCAUCGCAGUCCGUCUUCCAAAUGAUGCUGUCAUCAGCGGAACCAAAGGCUCCAUACAAGUCCUCGGCCCGAUGCACUGUCCCACCGCGCUGCUGGUGAAUGACAAGCAGGCCGAGUUCCCUCUGCCCGACCCCUCGCUCCCCCUCAACUUCACCAACAGCACCGGGCUUCGCUACGAGGCUGAGGAAGUCAGACAGUGUCUGCUCAAAGGACUUAAGGAGAGCCCACGGAUGCCUCUGGCAGAGUCCAUCUUACUGACAGAGAUCAUGGAUGAAAUCAGGAAGCAGGUCGGCGUUCGCUACAGUCAGGACGGAGAGUGA